GUCGUAGGAGACGAAGAUUCUAUUCGCUUGCUACUUCCCUCUGCUCCUCUGCUACUACUACUUCAGUUCUCGCCUUCUCUUUCUGCCCUCACCUGACUCCUCCCUUCCUGCCAUUUCUCUCUCGAUAGUCGAUACCACCACACCUCCGCUCCCCUCCAAGCCUCUCCUUUUCCUAAGCCCCGACGUCUUCCGACUUCCAGGUCGGUGCCGGGCAACAAUAACUUCUUGGUCACCGAGCCAAAAGGGGGUCUUUUCGGUUCUUGCGAUCGAUUGAUGAGCGGCGGGUGGCGGCGAUGAGAGCGGAUCUCAGCACCAUCCAGCAGACGCUCACGCCGGAGGCGGCGGCGGCGCUGGCGCGUGCCAUCGACGAGGCUGCGCGGAGGAGGCAUGGCCAGACCACGCCGCUCCACGUCGCCGCCGCGCUGCUCGCCGCGCCGGCCGGUCUGCUGCGCCAGGCGUGCGCUCGCGCGGCCGCCGCCGGUGCCGGGCCUGGCGCCGCUGGUAGCGCCGGCGGUGCGCACCCGCUGCAGUGCCGCGCACUCGAGCUCUGCUUCUCCGUCGCCCUCGACAGGCUGCCGGCCGCGGCCUCGGCGGCGGCGGCGGCGGCGUCGCAUGCGUCGGGGCCGCCGGUAUCGAACGCGCUCGUCGCGGCGCUCAAACGCGCGCAGGCGCAGCAGCGCCGGGGAUGCCCCGAGGCCGCGCAGCAGCCGCUGCUCGCCGUUAAAGUCGAGCUCGAGCAGCUCGUCCUCUCCAUCCUCGAUGACCCGUCAGUCAGCCGCGUCAUGCGCGAGGCCUCCUUCUCCUCUUCAGCCGUCAAGACCACCAUCGAGCAGUCGCUCGCGUCGCCUUCUCCGCCGCCCUCCGCCGUCUCCACCCCGACCGUCGCCGCGACUACGACCUUGGCCCCGUCCCCUUCUCCGCUCUCACGACUCGGCUCAGCCAACGCCUACAUGAACCCUCGCCUCGCAGCCGCCGCAGGCGGUGGCGGGGACGACGCGCGCAAGGUGCUCGACGUCAUGCUCAAGCCGGCGCGCCGCAACCCGGUGCUCGUGGGCGACGCCGGGCCAGACGCGGUGCUGAAGGAGGCGGUACGCAGGAUCCCGAUGGCUGGCUCUCCUUCCCUCGCCGGUGCGAAGGUCUUGCCGCUCGAGAGCGACCUCGCCAAGCUCGCCGGUGACAAAGCCGCCUUGGCGGCGAGGAUCGGGGACCUGGGCCCGGUGAUCCAGAGGCUCCUCGUGGACCACGGUGCCGUGGUUCUUGAUCUUGGAGAUCUCAAGUGGCUGGUGGACGGGCCGGCGGCAGCAGCGUCAGAGGGGGGCAAGGCGGUGGUGUCGGAGAUGGCGCGGCUGCUGAGGCAGUUCGGAAGCGGCAAGGUCUGGGCCGUCGGUACAGCCGCUUGCGCCACCUACCUCCGAUGCAAGGUCUACCACCCAACCAUGGAGGCCGAGUGGGACCUCCAGGCGGUUUCUAUCGCCCGCAGCGCGCCGCUCGCCGGCGCAGCUCUCAGGCCUGGGAGCACUGGAAUUCUGGGCAACUCAGUGGGGAUGUUAUCGCAUACUCUCCGGCCUAUGCCGGUGACACCAACAGCACUCCGAUGGCCGCCAGGGGCAGGGAGUGACAAUCCUCUGAUGGCUAAGCCGGUCAUGUGCCUGCUUUGCAAGGGUAGCUAUGACCGUGAGCUUGCCAAGCUUGCAGCUGAGCAGAAGGAAAACCCAGCAUCACGCGCUGAGGCUGCUAAGCCUGGUUUGCCACACUGGAUGCAGCCCAGCAGUGAUCAACCACAGACCAAGGAGCAAGAGUUGAAACGGAAGGAGGCUGCCGAAGAGCUUGAGAAGAAAUGGCGUGAAACUUGCGCCCGUACCCACGGUAACCGUGCUGGGGCGCCAGCUCUCUCCUUGGGAUUGGCUGCCUUAGUUCCACGCCCGCCAGUUGAGCCAAAGAUACAACAUUCCAGGGGUGGUGUUCCCACCCUUCAGAUGAACACCAAUUGGGAGAAGCCUGAGGGUACCCCUACGUCUGAGCUUCGUAAGAGUCCGCUAGGCAGCCCAGUGAAGACUGACCUUGCGCUAGGUCCCAUGGAUCCUGGUGCUACUGUAGAGAAUGACCAGAAGGAAAAUUACACAGAAGGGCUUACUUCUAUGCAAAAGGCUAAGAUAGCUGGAAUCUCUGAUAUCGAGUCUUUCAAAAGGCUCCUCAAGGUGCUCACACAGAAGGUCAGCUGGCAAUCAGAUGCUGCCUCAGCAAUUGCUGCUGUUGUAAUACAAUGCAGAACUGGCAGUGGGAAGAGACGUAACAUUGGGACAAGGGGCGACAUAUGGCUCCUGUUUGUUGGUCCUGACCAGGCAGGCAAGAGGAAGAUGGUGAAUGCAUUGUCUGAGCUGAUGGUAAAUGCUCAACCAGUGGUUGUAAACUUUGGUGGUGACUCUCGUUUGAGCAAGGAUGGUAAUGGACUCAAUCCGGGUUUUUGGGGGAAAACCUCACUUGACCGGGUCACUGAGGCAGUUCGGCAAAAUCCAUGUUCAGUUAUCAUUCUUGAGGGCAUUGAUCAAGUGGACGCUGUUGUGCGGGGAAAGAUCAAGCGGGCAAUGGAGACUGGUCGCCUGGUAGACUCUCGGGGCCGUGAGGUCAGCCUUGGCAAUGUCAUCUUUGUUCUCACCACAAAUUGGCUACCUGAGGAACUCAGGAGACCAAAGUUUGAAACAUUGCUCCAAGAUGAAGGAAGGAUGUUGGAGGUAGCAAGCUCUAAUUGGCAGCUAGAGCUUUCUAUUGAGGACAAGCAGGUUAAGCACCGAGCGGAUUGGCUAUGUGAUGAUGCUCGUCCAGCAAAGGUAGCCAAAGAACUGUCCGGUGGGCAAGGUCUAUCACUUGACCUCAAUUUAGCAGUUGGGGCAUUGGAUGACACCGACGGCUCACGGAAUUCCAGUGAUCUCUCUGUGGAACAAGAGCAUGAAAAAGGGCACCUUGCAGUCAAGUGUUCAACACCAGCCCCUGACUAUGAUCUGUUGAAUCUCGUUGAUGAUGCCAUUGUGUUUCGGCCAGUUGACUUCGCACCGUUUAGGAAGACUGUCACAGAUUGCAUAUCAGCGAAAUUCGACUCAGUCAUCGGUAGCUGUAACUCAUUCAGAAUCGAUGAAGACGCUGUUGAUCGGAUGGCUGGCAGCAUCUGGCUCACUGACGAGAAGCUUGAAGACUGGGCCGAGAAAGUGCUCAUGCCGAGCAUCGAACGGUUGUGGUGCAACGUGAAACACUACAGUGGCCGUGCUGUUGUCCGUAUUGCAGCAGUCACAGACAAGGCAUUGCCAAGGUUGGGGUGGGCGCGAGAAGGACUACCAGCAACGGUGCCGAUCGCCAUUGAUGGCAUGUAGAGAAGGAAUUGGGAGUGGGGGGGAGUACAUUCUUUUGUAUGGUAGUUAUGUAAAUAUUGGGGGAGAAUCUGGGGGGAGGUUACUAUAUGAAGCACAUAGGCAUGGAGGUUAUAGAUUUUAUAACAAAAAAAAAUCGAUGUAUAGUUUUGAUAAUAUAUGUAGCUAUGGUCCUUGAAACUAAAAAAAGGUUUCUCUUUUGCACUCGCUAAUGUUGCAAGGGGGUGUGGAGGAAGUAAAUAAUGAUGUAGCGCCCUCAAUCAAAGUCGACUCCUAUCAGACCAGUUGUGAUGCAUAAAGUAUUGAGCUUGCAUCAA